AUGAGCUUCAAAUACGACACACUGGAUCCAAACCAACGACAAAUCCGACUGCUCUCCAUUCACCGCUCAAUAGUCGGAAGGGGUCCGAUCCAUUGCUCCCUCCACACCGUGUCUCUUGAUGAUUCCCCAGAGUUCGAAGCCAUUUCAUAUGUUUGGGGAACGGAAGAUGCCACUGAGCAUAUAUUCCUCGAUGGCAAUGCGUUCUACGUAAAACCCAACGUGGCAAAGGCUCUGUACCAACUUCGGCGUAAAUCCAGGCGUCGGAUUGUAUGGGUGGAUACUAUUUGCAUCAACCAGUGCGAUAUUGACGAAAGGAACACCCAAGUACCCUUGAUGGCCACGAUAUACACCACGGCGGAUUAA